UUCAGUUAUAUGUUCUGAUCUCGGCCCUAAGCUUGAUGCUGCUGAAAAAGAGAAUGUGGCCCUCAAAGCCAAAGUCCUUUCUAUGUCGGAGGAGCUAGAACUCAGGAUUAUUGAGCGUGAUUUGAGCACCCAAGCAGCAGAAACAGCCAGCAAACAGCAUUUAGAGAGCAUAAAUAAGGUAGCUAGGCUGGAAGCCGAAUGCCGCAGACUCAGAGCCAUGUCUCGGAAAGCAAGUGCGACAAUCAAUCUUAAGUCUUUCUCUGCAUCAUCGGUUUGUGUAGAGUCCUUCGCUGACAGCCAAUCAGAUGUAGGGGAUAGGCUGCUAGCACCGUGCCACUCUGAGUCAUGGGCAUCUGCUCUAAUAACUGAACUCGACCAUUUUAAGAAAGAGAAAUCCUUCGGAAAGAACCUCAUGGUCUCUUCAGGAGAACUUGAUUUAAUGGAUGAUUUUCUGGAGAUGGAAGGGCUUGCAGCUUUACCAGACGCAGAAAGUGGAAGCUGCAGCAAUGGAAUGGGGCCUCUGGAUCAAAACAGAUCUGAUGAAGUCACUCUCAAAUCUGAGCUUGAAGCCAUGAUCAAUAGAACGACAGAGCUGGAGGAGGAAUUAGAAUUAGAGAAGAAGGAAGAAGAAAAGGAGAAGCUAGAGAUGGCUCUAAGUCAAUGUCAAAACACAAAAAUCGAAGCAAGCUGCAGAGGAGGAAGCAAGGAUUACCAUGAGAGGAUGGAAGUAACAGAGUCAAGACUGAUGGAUGUUGAAGAGGAGAUGAAAAACUUGCUCCGUAAUGUCAAAUUACUACAAGAAGAGGUUGAAAGAGAGCAUGCUUUGUCUGUUGAAAAUGAGGCAAAAUGUCGGGAGCUGGAGGAUGAAAAUCUAAAUAUGAAAAGGGAUGCCGAACUGCAGCAUGAGAUCAAGCUUCAGCGUGUGGCUGUCUCUGAUGAACAGCUAAAAGUAAAGCAGUUUUGUUAUGUAAAACAGGAGCGAGAGCUAGCGGUCGCUGCUAGCCGGUUUGCAAAGUGCCGGAAGACUAUUUCAUCUCUCGCUCAGCAAUUAAAAUCUCUAGCUGCAGUAGACGACUUCUUCGCCGAUUCCAAUCCAAUGUGCAAUCACAUGGAUGAAGGAUUACUAAGCCCCGAAAACGAGUUGCACCAUUUAAACCGCCCACCGGUCCUCAUUUCUGCUGAACAAAGAUGAAAUAAUCAUG